AUGCCUCCCCAGGAGCUCCUGGAUUACGCGCCCGCCCUGCGGAGACACAGCCCGCCCCGGGGCAGCUGCCCGGAGCUGGGAAUCAAGUGCGUGCUGGUGGGCGAUGGCGCCGUGGGCAAGACCAGCCUGGUGGUCAGCUACACCACCAACGGGUACCCCGACGAGUACCAGCCCACCGCCCUCGACACCUUCUCCGUGCAGGUCCUCGUGGAUGGAGCCCCAGUCCGAAUUCAGCUGUGGGACACUGCUGGACAGGAGGACUUUGACUGUUUGCGCUCUCUUUGUUACCCUGACACCGACGUCUUCCUUGUCUGCUUCAGUGUGGUAAACCCAAGCUCCUUCCAAAACAUUACAGAGAAAUGGAUCCCUGAGAUACGAACUCACAACCCGCGGGCGCCAGUGCUGCUCGUGGGGACACAGGCAGACUUGCGGGACGAUGUCAAUGUCCUCAUCAGCCUGGAUCGCUACCACGUGAAGCCUGUGCCCCGGCCUCAGGCAGAAGGUCUAGCUGACAAAAUCCGGGCUGAAGCCUACCUGGAAUGCUCAGCGCUGACCCAGAAGAACCUUAAAGAAGUUUUUGACAUGGCCAUUGUCAGCGGUGUUGAGCACAAGGCACGUCAGGAAAAGAAGAUGACUGCCAAAGGCAUCAAGACUCUCUCUAAGUGCCGCUGGAAGAAGUUCUUUUGCUUUGUCUGAAGCUGCUUUGAGGAAGGGGAAAAGAAACACCCAAUGCCAGUAUUGGCUCUGUACCUUCUUGGAGUGACUGCUCCUAUGGCCCCAGCAAGGAGGGUAUGAUAAGCUGCUGGGCUUGGAAACCUGUCUCUUGCUGGGUACAGUAUCAGAUGCCAAGGAGACAUGAACUAGAUUUCCAUUGUGCUGAGAUGUGGAAUGGUCCAGGCAGCUGUAACACCUGCUAGACAUGUCUGUAGUGUCCCAGACUAAUGGGAGCCUUUAGUACAUCAAGACUCAGUA